AUGUAUAAAAAAAGUGAAUUAAAACAAGAACAAUUUAGUGAUAUUUCCUCAGACAAGGAAGAUGAUAAUACAACCAUUGAUGAUAGGGAAACCACUUUGUGUGAGCAAGAAGAUAUAGAAGAGCAGCAAUCCACAAAUGCCUAUUUGAGUCAUUUAGAACAGUUUAUAACAGACACUAAACAAUUUGUUAAAUACGAGGAAGAUGAUAAUACAACCAUUGAUGAUAGGGAAACCACUUUGUGUGAGCAAGAAGAUAUAGAAGAGCAGCAAUCCACAAAUGCCUAUUUGAGUCGUUUAGAACAGUUUAUAACAGACACUAAACAAUUUGUUAAAUACGAGGAAGAUGAUAAUACAACCAUUGAUGAUAGGGAAACCACUUUGUGUGAGCAAGAAGAUAUAGAAGAGCAGCAAUCCACAAAUGCCUAUUUGAGUCGUUUAGAACAGUUUAUAACAGACACUAAACAAUUUGUUAAAUGUAAACAAGAAAAAAGAAACCUACUUUACCGUAAAUUGAAAAAAUAUCAACGAAAAGUUGACAAAAUUCAAAAAACAAUUAAUUCUUUAGACGCUAUUUUAUUAAGAGCUGUUCGCAUUAAUUUAUUAGAAUAA